GAAGUGCAUCGCCGUAGUCCUGAGCUUGGUCACGUACGUCCACUGUUCCGUCUCGAUUGGUUGUGGAUUGACAGUGAACCCGUUACUGCAGCUGGCAAUACGUUCCUUCUGUCCGCCUCCUCAUGCGACCUCCUGAGGGAGAUUUUAAAUGUCCACAAGUGCGAUUUCUGCAGUGUUGCAGUUCAUUUUUGGACUGUCUUGGUCACUGGCUUUCGACAGGUGGCGCAAUGAGAUGCUGGUCAGGCCCGCGGUCAGCAAGGCCUUGGCCCCCGGGCUGUGGAAGGCUACUUCAAGUUCCAUCUCAUAGCGUCUGCUCAAUACAAGCCGGAGCAUGGAUGUAUACGGUUUACCUUUACUGGUCUAGACGCCACUAGCCGGACUUGGGCUCUGCAGCGAUACGUACAAGCGGGGCAGACGGACGAGCACCGGCCAAUAUUUGAAACCUGCAUCGAACCCGAUCCAUUGCUGGGCGUCUACUCAACGCCCAGUGCAUGUGACGUCACUUGUGCAGCCACGCUGCUGCUGUCGUCACCGGCAGCAGAGCGCGCGACGCGUCGGGGCCACGACAGCCCUCUAUAAAGCACGAGUGGUUGGCCUCCGCUGGUCACGUCUACCACCCUCAUACCUCCAACCAUGUACGCCGCUUCCACAACUCUCCGCAGCACGAGCAAGACCGUGCUUCGUCGCUACCCAGUCGUCGCACGUCGCGUCGCGGGCAGGCGUACUUCCCAGCGCUUCCAGUCGUCCUCCACAGGAUUUGGGUCGGGGACGGGCUCGUCAACAUCAUACGAUGCUUCCCAUCUUGCAGCCGGCUUAGCAGGUGGUUCAGUGGUGCUCCUCGGAGUCUAUGCGUGGUACCACCUCUCUGGCACGAAGAAAGUCGUCCAGUCUACCCAGAAGGCUGCACAAUACUACGAGCAGGCCAAGCAGGCGAUCGCUGAGAAGACGCCCAAGGACCCGAACGAGGCCCUCGACUACCUCCGCAGCUUCGCUCAGUCGUACCUCGUCGUCAUCCCUGGCGCCCGCCCGCACAUCGACGCCGCGUUUGAUACCAUCGACCAACUGCGUGACUCGCAUGGCGACGAGGUGAAUCGCGUCGUCGGCGACGGCUACGAGGAGGUGCGCGUCAUCAUCCGCGAUUCGGGCGCCAUGGACGCGAGCACCGCGAUGCGGGUGCUUGAUGUGCUAAGGAGACGAAGCGGGGAGCUGGAAGAGCUAGGGAAGAAGGCCGGGAAGGACGCGUUCGGCUCGCUGAGCGAGAAGUACCCGCAGGUAUCGGAGAAGCUUGGCGGCGGGUACGAAGAAUUCAAGCGACUCGCAAAAUCGAAGGGCCCGGAGGCAAAGAAGAUCUUCGAUGACACGGCCAAGCAGAUACGUGAGAUCUUCAGCAAGGGUUUCUCGCAGGACAACAUUAACCAAGCGCGCGAGCUGGUCCAGUCGAAGACCUCCGAGGUCCGCAAGAUUGUGAAAGCGUCCUCUCAAGAGGCUUGGAAUAAGUCGAUAGAGGAGGCGUCUCCGUACCUUGACAAUAUUCCUGAGAUCAAGCAGCUCUUGAACGACAACGCCUCCGCCUUCAUCGCCGCCGGUGCCACGGGCCUCACCGGAGGCUCCUCCAGCACGCAAGAGCUUUUCUCUCGCAUAAAGGAUCUCGCACAAGGCGACGCCCUGAAGAACAAGGAGAAGAUGAACGAACUCAGGGAUUUCGUGAAGGAGAAGGCGCACGAGGCGGAGGAGCAGGGCAGCCAAGAGCUCGAGCGCGGCUGGCAGAGCCUGCAGGAGUGGAUCCGUACGAUGCCGGGCGGAGACGAGGCGCUGGAGCGGCUGCCGGACGUGAAGGUGUUCGUGCAAGUGUCGCGGGAGAAAAGCGACGAGGCUAAGAAGCUGGUAAAGGAGACGUACGAGGGCGUGUUACGUGUGCUGGAGGAGAAGGGAAAGAAGGCGAAGCAGUUGGCUGGAGAGGUGCAGGACGACUCGAAGAAGAGGUCGUGAGUGACUUUUCAGGGAUUGGGAUGAACAUCGGGAUUUAUGGGACGUAUACCUUAUGUUGCC